AUGCGUAAAUUUGAGUGUGUUGAUAUGGUAUGUUAUAUUUGUUUACAACAUAAUGAUCAUACUGUUGUAUCUAGUUCAUUGGAAACACAUGAACUUAUACUUAAAUAUUCAAAUUUAUUUGAUUUUGAUCAAUUAUUAAUUUCAAUUCAAAUUGGAUCUAUAGAAGAAAUUCGUGUUAGUGAAGCCUUAAAACCAGGUAAAUAUUGA